AGGGUCGGGCGGAAGUCAUUUUGCGUAGCGCGGAAAUUAAAAUCAGCUUCUGGAGUUUGUUUACGUUUUCUGAACGAUCCAGAUACAACAUGCAAGUUACAACUCCUCCGUGAAUAUAUUCUUCAUUAUUUGUGAGAAAUAAAUUGACAUUAUGAUUAAAGUGACAGAACUUUAAGUCUUAUUCAGAUGAUUGUUCUCGAAAGUGUUACCGAUCAAGCUGGUUUGCUAAGUCGCUAUCACAUCUGCGUCGAAAGUUAGAACAUCCACUAAGGACAAGUUGUUAAUUUAAGUAUAACAUAUAGAUGAUAAGUCCAGAAUGGAAAACAAACCAUGUGUGGAUGAUGUGAGUUCAGAUAAAUGUUACAUCUGUCUGAGCCCGUUUGAACAGCAGGAGGUGGGCUCUCUGGAGAGCUGUCAGCAUGAGUUUUGCCUUCAGUGCAUACUUCAAUGGUCCCAGACAGCCAACACUUGCCCUGUGGAUCGCAUCAGCUUUGCUUUCAUCCUCCAGAGACGGUGUCCUGGAGGGGACAUCCAAAACAAGAUCAAAGUGAGGACACGAAGAAAUGAUGAAGAUGAUGAAGAAGAGGAAGGGAGCAGUGUUGUUAUUUGUGAGAAGUGUGGACGCAGUGAUCGAAGGCACCGGCUGCUUGUGUGCAUGCAGUGUGAUUCAGGAUACCAUAUGGACUGCUUGACACCACAGUUAACUACAGUCCCUGAAGGUUACUGGACUUGCCCAGAGUGUGCAGUCAGUCUUGAGAACACAGAUGGCUCUCUGGUGGAGGAGGAGAUCAGUGAUGGAGAACUAACAGACCUCCUGGCUGAAGCAGAUGAAACUCCGUCCACCAGCAGUCGCCUUCGACCCUCCACUGUAAACCGCCCGGGCGGCUCCACUGAACAGAGACGCAGCCAGAGGGUCCAGAGCAGAGCCAGCAUCAAUCCUAAUCCUCCUCCUCGAACCUGCUGGGAUCGUGGGCGUCCUAAGAAGAUUCUAUCAGCAGUAAACAGUUGCAGUGGUUUCUUCAGUUCAGAUUAUCUAUCAGAUAAACCAGUUACUGUACAGGCCCCACUGUGGGUUUUCACCACACUCUUAACAGUAAUGCACAGUUACUGGUGCAGCUGCUGGUGUUUGUGGUCACAGUCUAACUCAAGUGUCUUGGCCCACUUUGUGUGGGUUACUUCUGCUUGAAAAACAAGCUGCUUCUGCUCACUCUGACUCCUCUCUGAUUCACCUGCAGCCCUUGAAGCCAGGUAGCCUUGGUUUCCUGCUUUCAUUUCCUGUGAACAGCUUGUACCAUCCUUCCCUGAGCUCUUAAGUGCUCUUCUUUAGCUUUGGAGUACCAGCUUCUAACGGCUCACGGUGACUAAUACUCUUCACCUGAGUGGACAUCGGUAAAUGCUUGUGGAGUGGAGUGGAGACGUGGUUUUGUUUAUUUACUGAAGGACAUCUGUGUUUAGCUCUGUGGCGAAGAUGUGCUAUUGAUACACUUGAAGCGUGCUUCUCUGUCACACAAGCACUCUGGGGAUAAUAUUCCAACUGGGAGCUGACUCUCAGUGAUGUUUCAUGGAUAGGAAACACUGACUUUAUUAACUGGAUUAUGCAUUUCAGACAGAUUAAAGAUUCU